UCAGCCAGUGAGUCAGUGACUGUCGACAUGUCCUUGCAUCAGAAACUGCUUUCGAAUCAAACCAUGUCCUGCUUGUAUGUACAGUCGAGCUAGUCAGUGAAGCUUAUUACUAUUAGUCUUUUUCCAUUUUUUUGCUUCGCGUCAGAGUUCUAGAUCAGCUUUGUCAGGCCAAGACAGAUCGACCGCCGACGUCUAGUCGUCUAUCCACAAAGACCACUAGUACGUCAUGUGCACGCAGUAGCUGAGUCUGUACUGUAGCUGGUGGUGCUUGUAGCCCUGUCUCCGUUCAUUUCUUGCUCAACAACAGUGGCAAUAGUAAGAAAUUUCCUCAAGGAGUUCCCAGACUGCAGCUGUGAUCUGAAAGUUGUGACAUGCCGCAACUUCUCAUAGGUUUCAGUCUUGUCGAUUUAUCUUUCAGCAAAUCCAGGUUUUUUUUGUAUACCUCCGAAUUAGUGGUAGUAAUUGGAACACGUAAUUAACGUUUAGAAGUUUGAUGCCUAAUGCCAUGGGUGAAUCAGAUCAAGAGAACCGUUCGAUGGCAGACCAAAUUGACUACGCAGCACGAUUUGGACUCACUCUGGCCGAGGCGUAUCAAGUAGCACUUGAUGUAUACAGGCGUGAGAAGGAUGGUGCUAGAUUUUCCUAUCCUCACAAAAUCCAGCUGUCUGCAUUUUGGAGGCAGUCCACGCAUGGUCCAUUCACUCCUGAGAAAUUCGGUGAUGUCGGCUUUUUUGACUUCGUCGGAAACGACAGGAGAAAAGCAUGGCAAGCACUCGGCGACCUUGAUCAAGAUUCUGCCAAGCUAAGCUUCAUCAAGCUUCUCUCUGAGAUCCACCAGGAUCAAAUGGAUGAAAUCGGCGGGAAGAUGCAAGAGGCAAAGCGCCAAGCUGAGGAGGAAGCAGCACGCAAGGCCCAGCAAGAAGCUGAGCGAAGGGCCAGAGAAGAAGCAGAGCGAAAGGAGCAAGAGCGUAGGCUAAAGGAAGAACAAGAGCGUCGCUUGCGACAAGAACAGGAAGAAAGGCAACGCCAGUCCGCCCAGAAUGCAGCAUUGCUGGCUCAGCACCACCAGAAUCAGUCACUGCUCGAAAGGGAGCGACAACAGCGGGCGCUCCAGGAGGCACAGCGGCAUCAGGCACAAUCGGGCGAGCAGCGCCAGUUGCAGUCGGAUCAGCAGCAGCAGUCGCAAGACACGCGUCAUGGAACCGAUCAGGUUGAUGGUGGAGCCCCAAGAAUUGCCACCCCAGAAGUAUGGACUCGUCCAGAGCGCACGGAGUUCAUUGGCCAGAUGAAGCAAGACCCUGAGUCUGUAAUCGUACUUGGACAUGGCGAGACCGUGACUGUGAAAGCCGUUACGAAUCCUGCGGGUUCGCGGAUGUUCUGGGAAUUUGCCACUGAGAAUUACGAUCUGGCGUUUGGUGUCAGCUUUCAAUGGCCGGCUGUGGACGGGGUCGAAGGCAAGAUCGUUGAGGUUUUACCAUCGGAGCGUAAGCAGUCACAUCAAGUGGUAAUAGGUGGCUCACAUGCCUAUCCUGGCCCGGGUACGUACCUGAUCCAGUUUGAUAACACGUACUCGGUGCUGCGCGCCAAGACGGUCUUCUAUCGAGUGUAUUACGCAGCUUAGUGUGUUGUUGCACAUGCCGAGUGUAUGACGCAGCUUAGUGUGAGGCGGCAGUAGUUGUGUGACUGCCACGUUUUCGCUUAUUGCUAUUGUUGGCAGUGUUGACACUGAUGCUACUGUCACCUAGUGCGUGUACACAAGAUUAUGUUGCCAUAUGUGCUGUUGCCAUUCCUCAACUUAGCCACCCCAUCCUCGCUGAGGCCUUAUUAUAAUUAUAUUGCUCAUAAGCAAUUGACAAUAUUCCCAUGGAUUAGCGGAGAGUUUUCUCUCUUUAGUACCAUUGCGUGUGCUAGUGUUGUGUUCCGAGUAUACUAUUGUUUGACUAUUUUGGACACUUAUCCUCCACAUUUAAAGUCCUGCUGACGCUGUAUUCUAGCAUUGCGGUUGAGAAUAUCUUGCGCGCUCGUGUCCGUCAUUGUUUUGUAGCUAGACUCAGAUCGUCUCCUUGUGCGGCAUCUCGUGUUGUAUUCCUCGUUUUCUGCCUCCUCCGCCUCGCCUAGACUGCCCUUUCUUAUCAUUUCCUAAUUCUGCAUUGUUAUCGCUCUUCGUCUCGCUGGUGUGGUGAACUGUACAUGCUUGUCUUUCAUCAUUUUCGCACCGUUUGGAUUUGUUUUUGGAGACUGGCUAGUUUGCAUUUUUCUCGCUCUCUAUUUUUGAUAGUUUCUGCCGCUGCGCUAUGGGAAAUCUUCUCUCAUCCUUCCAUUUGUCCAGACCUGUAUGUGUACGUAUGUGGUUUACAAACUUUA